CGCGUCCGGGAGGCCGCGGUUUCAGGUCGCAAGGGCCAACCGGGAGGCUCGAGCCAGCGGCUGAUUUAGUGAUGACUGGAAGGUCUCUGAAGGACCUAACACCUGAACCGUAACGUAGGCGUCCUUGUCACGGUUGGCAUCUGUGUGCCUUGCAGUUCGCUCUCUGCUGAUGGCUUUCACAGUGCCUACUGCUGCUCUGCCCCAGACAAUGACUCGACUUCUGGGUAGCAGGCAGGACCCACCGUGGGGAGGCCUAGAGUUGUUUGUUUUGUUUUGUUUUUUGUUUUUGUUUUUGUAGGAUAUCUAAAGAAGAAAAAAAUGAGACCUAAGUGUUGCAGUGGUGCCUGGCAGCUCGAGGGCCUGUCAGCCAUGGAGGUGCCAGUCCGGUGCCGCGGUAGCAGCCACUACGGAGAAAGCGCAUCGUGCCAAAACUGCGAAACCCCAAGUUCAACCAGAAAGGAGGAAGCCCAAAACCGGCAUAUUAAUGUUAAACAUGGGAGGCCCUGAAACCCUGGGAGAAGUUCAAGACUUCCUGCAGAGGCUCUUCCUGGACCGGGACCUCAUGACACUUCCCAUUCAGAGUAAGCUGGCACCAUUCAUCGCCAAACGCCGUACCCCCAAAAUUCAAGAGCAGUAUCGCAGAAUUGGAGGUGGAUCCCCCAUCAAGAUGUGGACUUCCAAGCAAGGAGAAGGCAUGGUGAAGCUGCUGGAUGAGCUGUCCCCUGAUACAGCACCUCACAAAUACUAUAUUGGAUUCCGGUACGUCCAUCCCUUGACGGAAGAGGCAAUUGAAGAGAUGGAGAGAGAUGGACUAGAAAGGGCCAUUGCGUUCACACAGUAUCCACAGUAUAGCUGCUCCACUACGGGCAGCAGCUUAAAUGCCAUUUACAGAUACUAUAACGAGGUGGGGCGGAAACCCACCAUGAAGUGGAGCACAAUCGACAGGUGGCCCACGCACCCCCUCCUCAUCCAGUGUUUUGCAGACCACAUUCUGAAAGAGCUGAACCAUUUUCCAGAGGAGAAGAGAAGCGAGGUGGUCAUUCUGUUUUCUGCCCACUCCCUGCCGAUGUCUGUUGUCAACAGAGGGGACCCCUAUCCCCAAGAGGUAGGAGCCACUGUCCACAAAGUCAUGGAAGAGCUGGGUUAUCCCAACCCUUACCGACUGGUUUGGCAGUCCAAGGUUGGUCCAGUACCCUGGCUGGGCCCUCAGACAGAUGAGGCUAUCAAAGGUCUUUGUGAGCGGGGGAGAAAGAAUAUCCUCUUGGUUCCAAUAGCAUUUACCAGUGACCACAUUGAGACGCUCUAUGAACUGGAUAUUGAAUACUCUCAAGUGCUAGCUCAGAAGUGUGGAGCUGAAAACAUCAGAAGAGCGGAGUCUCUUAAUGGAAAUCCAUUGUUCUCCAAGGCCCUUGCUGAUCUGGUGCACUCCCACAUCCAGUCAAACAAGCUGUGCUCCACGCAGUUGAGUCUGAGCUGUCCGCUCUGUGUAAAUCCUGUCUGCAGGGAGACUAAAUCCUUCUUCACCAGCCAACAGCUGUGACCCUGCCUGAGGACCCAUGGGAUUUGCAGAUGUACAGCCUCCAGACACCUGCAGUGGGGACGAUGGGAUCGGAAGCCACGUUUGCCUGGAAACAGACUAUGAUUUCUCUCUUGUCCAUGUUUUGUUUUGUUUUGUUUUAUUUUAUUUUAUUUUAUUUUAUUUUAUUUCUUGCUUCCCUAUGUAGGCCAAACUGGCCUCCAGUAUGCCUCCUGCUUCCAUUUCCUGAGCGCUAGCUAGCAUCACAGACAUACAAAAUUGUGUUCCUUGGAGGAUGGACUUGAAAUUCUUACUGAGAUUUCUAUUUUCAUAUACACGUACAGUGAACACACAACCAUUUCUGGGAUCCAAAUAUUCACAAAUGUGAAACAUCUGUCUACUGGGACCUCCCAGGAAUGUUUUACAUUUUUAUCUUAUGAGAUGCACACAGAUUCUGCACUUAUUGCCCAAGACAACUUCCUACAACAGUAUGGUAUGGCUCCUCUGUGCUACCAGUGGUGACUGAGAUGUUUACAGUCUUAUGGAUAUAGCUAGAGCGUAAGUGGAUAUUGUGAAGUUAAUGAAAUAUAACUUGUAAAAGAAUUAGGCUGAAUGCAUAGCUUAGUAUUGUGUGCUUGCCUGCAAGGCUCCUACGUAAUCCCCAGCACUAAUCACAAACAUUAUGUUGCCUACUCUUCCCCCGAGUCUGUGGGUAUGGGGAAUGAGUUGGCGUGGUCACUGUCUCUGCUUCUGUUGGCAGUGCAUACACUGUCCACUGCCACUGUGGUGUCCGUGGACGUGUCUCAUCCCCUCCCUGGAAACCGAAACAAGUGCCUGUUUCAAGAGUGCUGAGAUUCCCCAGGCGCAGAGCCUAAUAAACGCGUGGAAGUUCA